AUGGCAAACACGACGUCCCGCUACCCCAACCCUCUCUCCUUCGCCUCCUGCUCCAUCGGCACCUCCAACCACACCCUCCCUCAAAAGCUCCACGCCAUCGCCGCCGCCGGCUUCUCCGGCAUCGAGCUCUCCUUCCCGGACCUCCAAUCCUUCGCCCAAACGCAUCUGAACAAACAAAUCGCCGACGACGACUACCCCGCCCUCUGCGAAGCCGGCACCGCCGUCCGCACGCUCUGCGCGCAGCUCAACCUGCAAAUCAUGGUCCUCCAGCCGUUCGCCAACUUCGAAGGCUGGCCGCGCGGGAGCAAAGAACGUGAGGAGGCGUUCAAGCGCGCCGGGGGCUGGAUGGAGAUCAUGAGCGCUGUGGGGACGGAUAUGCUACAGGUUGGAUCGUCGGACUCGCCCGCUAUCAAGGACGCGAAGGAGGAGGAUGUGGUGGAUGACUUGCGCGAGUUGGCGGAUUUGUUGGGGACGAGGGGGUUCAAGGUCGCGUACGAGAACUGGUGCUGGGCGACUCGCUCCCCGGGGUGGCGCGACGUAUGGGAGGUCGUGAGGCGCGUGGAUAGGGCGAACGUCGGGCUGUGUCUGGACACCUUCCAAUCUGCGGGCGGGGAGUGGGGGGAUCCGACGACGGAGUCGGGGCGGGUGGAGGCUGCCGGCGCGGAGGAGGGCUGGGAGAAGAGCUUGGCGGAGUUGAGCGCCGCGGUGCCUAAGGAGAAGAUUUUCUUUUUGCAGAUUAGCGAUGCGUAUAAGGUCAGCCCGCCGCUGGAGGCGAGGGUGGUGGGCGAGGAGGGGCUGAGGCCACGGGGGAGGUGGAGCCAUGAUUAUAGGCCGUUGCCGUAUGAUGGGGGGUAUCUCCCGAUCGUGCCGUUUCUGGAGGCGGUGAUGAGGACGGGGUUCGAGGAGUGGUUGUCGGUUGAGGUGUUUGACGGGAAGUUUGGGGAGAAGUAUGGGGAUGAUUUGGAGGGGUAUGCGGUUAAGGGGCGGGAGGCGGUGGAAAGGAUGCUGGGGGAGAUGAAGCUUGAUAAGAGAGACUGA